GCGGCCGCACAGGCGCACUGAGCUCCCAACUGCCAUUUUGUGGCAGAGGCUACUCUGCUAAAGCGGGAGAGGGAUUAAAACUAACUGCGAAGAAGCCUGCAUUUCUCACCAGCGUGUUAAACUUUGUAGCACAGACUCUCUGCUUUCGGUCCAGUUAAACGGGGAGAGAAACACAAGAAAGAGUUCCUACCCAGCAUGGACAGAGGGCCAACAGAGGGGGUAGAGGGGAUGGAGGUCCCGCCCAAAGACUUCCCCUCCAUCCAGUCCGUUCAUAGCCAGGAUGCCAUGGUGGCCGACCUCCUCCAGCAAGCUGCCGAGGCCGGGGGCGUGGUGGAGGGACACGUAGGAGUCGUCCUGGAGCAAGGUCACGGGAUGGUAGCAGCCACCCAGCAGCAGCUGAUGGAAGCGGGGGUUAGUGUGGAUGGUGGAGCAGGGGUUGAAAUGAUGGUUAUGGACUCACUGGAUCCCACCCUGUUGCAGAUGAAGACUGAGGUGAUGGAUGCUGCAGUGGGUGGCGCUCACCAAGCAACCGUAACAACAGUGGACCAGACUCAAAUCAUCACACUACAGGUGGUGAACAUGGAGGAGCAGGCGGCUCUGGGUCUCGGGGAGCUCCAGCUAGUCCAGGUGCCGGUCUCUGCCACCACUGUCGAGGCCCUGCACCAGGGCACCUUUGUAGACUCCACUGCUAUGCCGAAGGACGGAGACCCGGUCAUCUGCCACACACUGCCGCUGCCGGAGGGCUUUCAGGUGGUUAAGGUCGGAGCUAAUGGGGAGGUGGAGACGGUGGAGCAGGAGGAGGGGGAAGCCCACCCGGAAGAGGAGGAUGAGGAGGUGGGGAACCAGCUGCUGGACGAGGUGGAGGAGGAGGAUCCCAUUCAGCCUCAGAAUGAUGACCAAACCUGGGCUAAAGACCCAGACUAUCAGCCCCCAUCUGGAGGUCUUAAGAAGCCUAAAAAGCUUGCGAUGAGGUCUGAUGGACUGCUGUUUGUCCAGGGUAAAAAGAAUCGUCUGCGUUACGCGGAAGGGGAUAAGGACAUGGAUGUCAGUGUCUAUGACUUUGAGGAAGAGCAGCAGGAGGGCCUUCUGUCUGAGGUCAAUGCUGAGAAAGUAGUGGGCAAUAUGAAACCACCCAAACCCACCAAAAUCAAGAAGAAAGGAGUGAAGAAGACGUUUCAGUGUGAGCUGUGUAGCUACACGUGCCCUCGGCGCUCCAACCUGGACAGACACAUGAAGAGCCACACAGACGAGAGACCUCAUAAGUGUCACCUGUGCGGAAGAGCCUUCAGGACGGUCACCCUGCUAAGAAACCAUCUCAACACACACACUGGAACUCGCCCACACAAGUGCACAGACUGCGAUAUGGCUUUCGUGACUAGUGGAGAGUUGGUCCGUCAUCGUCGCUACAAACACACACAUGAGAAACCCUUCAAAUGCUCCAUGUGUGACUACGCCAGUGUGGAGGUGAGCAAACUAAAGCGGCACAUUCGUUCCCACACCGGCGAGCGUCCAUUCCAGUGCAGUCUUUGCAGCUACGCCAGCAGAGACACAUACAAGCUGAAGAGACACAUGAGGACACACUCAGGAGAGAAACCUUACGAGUGCUACAUCUGCCAUGCCCGAUUCACCCAGAGUGGAACCAUGAAGAUGCACAUUCUGCAGAAACACACAGAGAACGUGGCUAAAUUCCACUGUCCACACUGUGACACUGUCAUCGCACGCAAGAGCGACUUGGGUGUCCACCUUCGUAAGCAGCACUCAUUCAUUGAGACUGGAAAGAAGUGUCGUUACUGCGACGCCGUUUUCCACGAGCGCUACGCCCUCAUCCAGCACCAGAAGUCCCAUAAGAACGAGAAGAGGUUCAAAUGCGACAUGUGUGACUACUGCUGCCGCCAGGAGCGCCACAUGGUCAUGCACCGUCGGACUCACACUGGAGAGAAACCAUACGCCUGCAGCCAGUGUGAGAAGACCUUCAGACAGAAGCAGCUGCUGGACAUGCACUUCAAACGCUACCACGACCCCAACUUCAUCCCCACCGCCUUCGUCUGCCCCAAGUGUAGCAAGACCUUCACCCGCAGGAACACCAUGGCUCGCCACUCCGAUAACUGCACCGGUGAGGUGGAGGAUGCCGAGAAUGGAGACCCACCCCCGAAGAAAGGGAGGAGAGGAAGAAAGAGGAAGAUGAGGAGCAGGAGAGAUGAGGAUGACAGCGAGGAGGAUCAUGCUGAGCUGGAUGAGGAAGAAGAGGAGGACGAGGCUGAAGGUGACGCUGAGGAAGAAGCAUUACUGCUGCAAGAAGAGGAGGAGCCAGAAAGCAUGGAACUGGACCAGGCCCCUGCCGCCAUCCCAAUACCGGCUCCCGAUGAGCCACCUGUCAAGAGGAAACGAGGCCGACCCCCAAAGAACGCACCCAAGCCUCCAACACCGAGCAAGUCAGCCAGGGUGGCUGCCAAGGUGGCAGCUUCUGCUGCUGCCAUCAUUCAGGUGGAGGACGAGAGCACCGGAGCAGUGGAGAACAUCAUUGUGAAGAAGGAGGAAGGCGACGCCUCUGCAGAGACGCCUCUGGAGCAGGGAGCGGCCCUGACCGUGGAGGGGGUGGACCUAGACGGGGAAGGGGUGGAGACUGUCGAGCUGGCCGUGAGUGAGGAAACGGCGGCCGCCGCCGCCAACGGAGAACUGACUCCAGAGAUGAUCCUCAGCAUGAUGGACCGGUGAACUCAACACACUGCCACAUAUGUAGCCGGACUAUGAGUAAAAACUGGCUCACACAUUAACAUUUCCACAUCCUUGGCCUUCUCCUCAUGUUCUAUCCCUGUGAGCUUGUAACAGCAGCUGUUUUGCCUCCACUGAAGUGGCUGCAAAAAAACCCAACCGUGCACAAAGAAGGGAAGCCGCCUGUAAAUAUUUACACAUACUAACUUCAGAUCUAUGUACAUCAACUGCAUACUGAUGACUGUGGGUCACACACACACACACACACAGUAUAUCAGAUCCCACUGUGUUAUCUCCCACGUCAUAUCCAGAUAUCGUCCAGGCUAAUGACAGACUGCUCUUUGAUGCUUUAUUUUUCAGUUUGAAUGUCUUCUGAAUGAAUCUUUGUGCAUUUUGCUACUUGUUUGUACCCAAAGCCACAUCCUGUGUCAGUGUCUACCCACACCCUCUGCUCCUCUCUCUACAUGCCGCUCUGCCAAAAGGAGACAUUAUCUGAUCUACCUUCACGUUUUACUUGCUUGCUCGUCUUGCAACUACGCCGAUUUUGCAAAUACCAAGCCUUUAUAUGUGUGUAUAUAUAGAUAUAAAUGUAGUUUUUCCUAAUGAAACCUAGUGUAUGGUACUUGGGUUUGUCUCUGAGAUACCACCACUCUCAGUCAUCUGUAUAUUCUCUGAUUUUCCUCGUUGUCCUGUUUAAACACAUGGCCCAUAUGGUGGCAUUUGUACACUGAGGUAGGUUAACAGAGGGAUUCUUGUUGGUUCUUGUUGGUUCAUGAGCAAAUGGACACAGGAAGAUAACAUUCUGAUGAAGUGAAACUGUGUUUGACAUGCUCACUGCCAGCAGCCGACCUGGUUCUCAUGGAAACUUGCCCUCAGUCAGCUCAUGCAAAUGAAAUACUCCAAGACAGUUUGUUUUCUAUUUCCUCCUUCCUGUCACUGAUGGAAGCGUUUUUUCAUUCAUCGCUAAAGUUCCACAUUUUGGAGGCUGUAGUCCGCGUCACAUAAACUGAUCCCUGCCGGUUCGAGGAUGGAGUUGAUCCUGAUUCAGUUGGUGAAACGUUGUUCUAUAGUUGUGAUUUUGAACAUUCCAAAUACUUCAAUUAACAUGGAAUUAUGUCAAUGCAUCUGAAUGUUGUCCCUUGCAGGGAUGAGCAGGAGCAGACUCUGGUAAUACCAGCCGCGCUUUAAUUUUCCUUUUUAAAAGUAUUCACUUCUAAGUUAAGCUUGGUUUUGGAACUAGGGAUGCAUGAUACUGAUAAAAUAACCAAUGUCACAUUUUAGUUUUUUGAACAUACGGUCAUAACCUGUAGUUUAUGCACUUCUAAGAGGAAGAGAAGCUAUGAUGUCAUGAGCUGUGACUCCGCCCCCUCUGUGUGGAGAUGCUGCACUUGUUUAGUACAUAAAAGCAAUUUUACUUUUUAUUGUCAGCUGAUAACUUAUCGGCUAUAAUUAAAUUAUUGGAAGAAUAAUAUAAAUUUGCCCUUGUCGGACGAUAAUUUAUCAACGUUAUAUAUAUAUAUAUUGUGCAUCCGUACUUAAUACUCCAACCCCCCCACUAUAAUCAGUUAUCAACUGUGACAGGUGGUUUACAGCCUGCAUGUAAAUACACAUUUUAAACUCUUUGCGUUUCGAUUAAUUGUGAACCUUUUUUUUUUUUCUAAAUAUUUUUAAAGGCUGAUUUGGAGAUAUUUGUUGAAAAGGACCUGGUACUCUUUCCUGAGCCUCUAUGAACCAACCUGAACCACUGACACCGUUCUUAGUUUCCAUUCCUCUGCGGUUGCUUCAGCUCAGUGCUGAGACAGAAGCCUGGUCUCUUUGUGUUCUCCCGAAACCUUUUUGUGAGGUUAGUUUCACCUCUUAAGGAACAAAGAAAAAACAGUUUGGCACUCCGCUUAUUCUGAAGGACGAUCGGCUGGUAAAUUGUUUGUAAUAAAGAAACCGCCUUCUUGCUUAGUUAGUUUGACAGGUUUGAUACUGUUUGCUGUCGGCCUAAUAUGUGACUUAAUAAAGUAACCAAGAGGGAUUUUCCAUACUAGUCUCAGUCGUGGACUGAGGUCUGUUCGCCCACGGCUCUCAGUUCUAUUAGCCCACGGCUCUCAGUUCUAUUAGCCCACGGCUCUCAGUUCUAUUAGCCCACGGCUCUCGGUUCUCCAUUUGUAACUGAUACUGAGGUAUGUCCUCUCAGAUCCAUUACAAAUCAAAGUGACCCCUGAAUUGUAGUUACAGAAACACAGGGUUGAGAUGGUCUGGAUGAGAACAAAAAGAACGGUCUGAACUUGAACCAAUCAAAUGCUUUGAGACUUCUGAAGAUGUUGAUCCUAGCGCCUUCCUCGUGAGCUUCACCACAGGUUAGGCCGUUUAUUUUUUUGAUGUGGCCUUUUUGUCGUUAUCAUUAGAUGGAACCACUUCCUUUGUAGCAUCACAUUGGUUGUAAAAAGCAGGCGAUAAAGAAGCGUGGACACUGGUAGAUAGUAGCGCCGAGACCCUGAUAGGUGUUCUUGAGGAAAUCAAUGUUAUCACUGUACCACUUUUGUAAGACUCUUUCAGAAACAUCCAUUCUGUGACUGUACUAAGAUCUCCUUUUGUAAGGCGAGGAAGACCAAAAUGUUCUGUCGUCAACCGAUCAUGUUAUUGUUCUGCAGGCGGACAGAUGGACGAUGGAUGUUUAACUAUUCUCAUGGCAACCGCAUUGCUUUUUGUUUGCACAUUGUUCGUUCCCUUUUUUUGGCUGAAGAAUUUAGAGAGAGAACGGGUUCAAGAUGGGUUUAAAACAGGAGAAACCGUUGUCAUAUAAUGUUGGAAGAUGAGACACUGUACAGCUGAUGACAAAUAAAAUCAUUCUAAUGGUCCUGUGA